UCUCCCCACUCUUGUCCUGCCUGUUGGUCCCAUCAACUCCCUCCCAGCAACUCUCCAGGACUCCCGGACAAGGCUCACCUUCUCCGUUGACUGCUCUCCAGGAUAAGUUACCGGAACUCCAAAUUUCCGGUAUUUAGUUAUUGGUUCAUAUUGAAUGUCUUGUCCCACGAAACUUUAGCAGACUUCUCCCCACUUGUUGUACGGGUAUUAUGUCCAAGCUGGAAUUUCAGCAACCGAAGCACCAGCACCCGAAGCACCAGCACCGACAGAGCUCCUGUUCAGAUGCACGUAUACAAUAAUACAGCCUAGGAUUUGUCGUGUGAUUAGGGACAACUUUCGUCGGUCGUCAUCACCAGCUGGAUUCGCCUUUCAUCUUCAGCCACCGUAUAAAUUGGUUGAGCCUCGUGCUCCUUGUUCACCUCGGCUCGACUCGACCUGUGGUAAACUUGUGCGGAUUGGAGAUCUUAAAUAUUUUCGCGGCCACUCAUAAUCUGAAUUAGGGAAUUCAAAGUUCGCAUUCCACACUCUCUUUUCGCAUGGCCAGGUUUUCUACGGGACUAUUCUGGACGAAGUAACGCUACAAUCAAAUUUAGUCAUUAACUACCAUACAUUUUCCCUCUAUCAUCUUGCUUCCACCCAUGAAUAGCGAUUCUGUUGUUGACCUUACUACCUCUUCGCCGCCACCUUUCGCGGAUCAAAACUCGUCGAGCAUGUAUGUUUUUCGGGCGAGGAGCCCACGAUCAUUCGCUGUCAUGGAAGGAUGCCCAUCCCCUAAAAGACGACGAGUUGACACUUCUUCUGUCGCCGGGCCCUCGGCGCACCAAACACGGCAUCACAACCAGGUCAGCAGUUUAGAUAACGAUACAGACAUCGAGUCGAUCGAUCUCACGGAGGUAAACGACAAGGUAUCUCUAGCUAAGGUUCUUUCGAAACAACGCGAAGAUGCCGUAAAGGCUCAAAAUACAGUUGUUGGUGCUGUGGGCCGAUCAACGCUGAUAGCGUACAAGUGUCCUGUUUGUAUGGAUACUUGUGUUGACGCCACAUCUACCAUUUGUGGCCAUCUCUUCUGUCACAAAUGCAUCACCGACACCCUUCGAUUUGGCGAAGAAAGAAGUGCGCACGACGGCCAUGGUAAGGCACCUCGUGGCAGGUGCCCUGUCUGUCGUCAAACACUUUCGCGCGUAGAUACUUAUGGACCGAAACGAAACCUUGUUCCUCUCCAAUUAAAUCUUUUAACAAGAAAGGAUCUAAAAUCCGAUAGUGGAACAUUCUAGUAUUUUAGUUUCAUAGCGUAGCGGGACACAGGAUUGGAUUCCUGGCGUUUGCAUGAUGUGACGGAGUUUUAAAUCUGGAUAUUCGGGAACACAGGAUACAAAGGGACUUGUAUGGUUUUACUGCUUCUUGCAUUGCAUUGUUUGUUUUCAAGGCAUCAGAUUUGUUUCGGAAGAUAUCCGGCGUGUUGUUCUAACACCGUUUUAACAGGCUUAUCGAUGGUUAUCUUCUCUUUCACUUCGUGAUCCAUAGAGCAUAUAAACAGCCACACAGGUGAUUGUGCCAUCGACAGUAUCUGUUAAAUAAAGAAAAUUAUACUCGUUUGUGUAUGUAUCUUUACCGAAUUGACUGUUUUACAAAGCGCC